CGACUUACAUAUGUAUUUUUCUUGUAUAAAAAACAAUUUCACUGCCGAUUUGUGUGUUUUAAAACCAUUAAUUAAUGUAAUAAAAAUGCAUUUUAAUCUGCAUACAAUUAUUAGAAAAUUUAUUUAAAAGUUUGGAAACUGGAAAUGUUACGUUUUUAAUACUAUUGGAGCAGAUAAGUACGAAGAAUCAUCGUUAAAGAAUUUAUUAAAAUUCCCUUCCUUUAUGUAUACGUACAAUAAAGAACGAUAAGAUUUGAUGACUCAACUUGCUCAAUUUCCAGUCGUAAAUUUUAUGUCAUUUUGAGAAGUCUUAAAUUUUUUUAAAUUGCUAUAGUGCUCUUUAAUACAAUAAAUUAGAAAAAAAAACUUAUCACAUCAUAUUCUAACCUUAAAAUUUUAGAGAGUAUAUAUUGCAAAAACAUGAUGUCAAACGUUGGGAAUUUGGAACAAAAAAUUGCUAACUUGCAACUUGAUUCUGGAAAUAUAAGCGAAAUCAAUAAGACUGCUAAACAAGGGAAAAAAAUUGGACCUGCUGUGCCACCCAAACCUAAAAAAUCUCAACCACAGGUACCGCAAAGUUAUACUAUAAAGGCUCCAUCAACACCAUCAUAUAGUACAGUUUUAAAUAAUAGUGUCACUAACGAAAAGUCCAUUCAGAAUAGUGUACUAUAUGCUAAUUCUCCUUCUCCGUAUGUUCGGCCAAAUGUUGACAAAAAUGUAUACCCUGGAGUAUCUUCAACAUUAACUUCUGUAUCAGUUCCUGGAUCUUUACAACAGUCAAAUAAUUUUUAUCACACAAAUAAUGAGAAUUUUUACCAAAAUGAACACAUGUAUAAAAAUGAAUUGCGAGAAAAAUAUGAUGGAAAACGUGGUUAUAAUGAUGAAAAAAAUUAUUAUUCCAACAUUGGGGAGAAUAUUCCAUCGCCUCAAAUACCAAGUACAGAUGAAAGAUCUAAUCGGACAACAAGAAAUGUAGUUUAUAGCAAUAUUGAGCCGGCCGUGCCAAUUCCAGUGCCCACUCCGAUGAAAUCAAAAGAAAAGGAUAUUAUUUAUAGCAAUAUUCAAUGGAAUAAGCCGGAAAAUACUUAUUGUAACAUAAUGAAUACUCAUAAUCAUGAUGAUUUGCCACCACCACCAGAGCCGACUGAAUAUAUUUCCUGUGUGACAGGUAAUGCAUUUCCACCACCACCAGAAGAAUUACCACCGCCUCCAAGUCCAGUUUCAUCCAGUUAUAGUGAAUUGCGUCGUGCAACUUAUCAUCAAUCAGACUAUCCACCAAACCAUCACGAUUAUCCAAAUGAUAUUUAUGGACCAAGCUCUCAGUCUAGUUCAACUUAUGAAUCAAUUUAUGAACCAAUUAAUCCUCGGCCACCUUCACAAUUGUCUUGUAACUAUUCCAUGUAUUCUGGUUAUGGAUCUGCUAGCUCUCAACCACCAAGUAAAGUAUCUCCAGUUAAAGAAGUUGAUACGCUGACAGAUUUACUCGUUCAAGGGAUGGAAGAUAGUCAAGAUGACAGUGAAAUCUAUGGGAUUUGUGCGCAUUGUGGAAAAAAAGUAGAAGGUGAAGGAACUGGAUGUUCUGCUAUGGAUAAAGUCUUUCAUAUUGAUUGCUUUUGUUGCUUUGUUUGUCAAGUUAAUCUGCAAGGGAAACCUUUUUAUUCACUUGAAGGAAAGCCAUAUUGUGAAGAAGAUUAUCUAAAUACUCUAGAAAAAUGUUGUGUCUGCACAAGACCCAUUUUAGACCGGAUUUUGAGAGCGACUGGAAAGCCUUAUCAUCCAUCUUGUUUUACUUGUGUUGUUUGCGGACAAAGUUUAGAUGGAAUUCCAUUUACUGUUGAUGCUACUAAUCAAAUUCACUGUAUUCAAUGCUUCCACAAGAAAUUUGCACCCAGAUGCUGUGUUUGUAAAUUGCCUAUUAUGCCAGAGCCUGGAGAAGAUGAAACUGUUCGAGUUGUUGCACUUGAUAGAAGCUUUCAUAUUCAAUGUUAUAAAUGUGAAGAUUGUGGUUUAGUAUUAUCCUCUGAUGCUGAAGGAAGUGGUUGUUAUCCACUAGAUGAUCAUGUUCUCUGCAAAAGCUGCAAUGCUAAAAGAGUUCAAGCUCUUACGUCCCAUAUGACUACAGAGCUAUAAAAUAAAUUACCGAUGUUUGGAAUUAAGGAUUCUUAUAAAAUAUAAAUCCAGAGGUUGGCAAAAUUCAUUUUGGUGGGCCUUUCAAAGAAUAUAUUAUAUUCUGUAGACACCA